ACUUUCACAUCAAGAAUGUUUACCUUGGUACUUGUUUUAUUAUCCUUUGCCGCUUUGUUGGCUGCAACUCCUGGAGUUCAGCGCAUCAUUGGCGGGCAGGAUACGCCAAUUGAGAAGGUGCCCUGGCAAGUGUCCUUUCUACACGACGGCAAACACCACUGUGGUGGUUCAAUCUACAAUGAAUUUCUCAUCAUAACGGCUGCCCACUGUAUUGAGCAGCAUAUAGGAAAAAAUUUUACGAUUCGUGCAGGAUCAUCUAAAUGGAACAGAGGCGGUGUCCUGGUUCAAGUGGCGGCAUUCAAAUUUCAUGAAAAGUACACCGCAAGCCGUCUUGCGGAAUAUGAUGUAGCCGUAAUGCGAUUGGCGAAUCCACUGCCCAUAAGGGGUAAUAUACAACCCAUACCACUGGCCGAAGAAGAUCCUGCUGAAGGGUCUCCAGCUUUAUCCUCCGGCUGGGGAGCCACCUACAAUGAUGUUUGGGACAUGGAUCAAUGUAAAUUAUCCAAACCUAUCAACCUUCGGGGGGUCAACAUCCGGAUCGAAAAUAAACGAAAAUGCUACUUGAAAGCAUCCCAGUUAAAGCAAAACAUAUGCGCCGGGGUCAUAGGUCAAUCCAUCUGCUUUGCAGACUCUGGCGGACCACUAGUCGUGGACAAAAAACUGGUGGGGAUCACUUCUGUAACCAACAACGGAUGUUGUUUAAGCCCAGGAAUUUAUGCCAGUGUCGCCAAGUUUCAUUCUUGGAUUUUGAAUGCGUUGAAGGAAGUUUAGUUUCCACAAAUAAAAUUUAUAUUUGAUUAAUAAAAUUGGUAACUUAAUAAAAA